AUGCCACAAUUGGCGUUCGGUUUGUCGGCACGGAAGGUUUGCAAACGCGCGGGCAUGUCCAAGGAAAUGACUGUAAUCAAGUCAUUGACUGUGCCCGUCCCCGCAGAGUCCAAGGAUACCCCGUGUUCCAACACGCAGACCAUGGCUGGCUCGUUCAUGGACUCGUACACAGACCUGUCGACUCAAGACUGUUUACCGGAAAGGCCACUAGCUAGCAGCGUCCGAGCUUAA